UCUCACUUAAGUAACUCUUAUGUGAUUAUUGUACCUUGCAUCUCAUUUUAAUUUCUAUGAAAAGUAAAUAUAAAAAAUGACAACUCGCCUCGCGUAUUUUAAUGAACCAAAGGGAGAUUAAUGGACGGAAGGAGUUCAAAGCUUGUUUUAUAGAAAAAAAUCUAUUAAAAUCUUGUUUCAAUACAGAACAUUACAACAAAAAAACAUGUACUAAAGACAGUGUGACACAACCGCAAAUAUCUAUUGCUUUACACAGUUUUCUGAAUGCGUAUUAGAAUCGUUCAUAGUUGUUUACAUUUUCGCAAAAAUAAUGUUUAGCUAAUUUGAGCGAAAAAGAUGUAUAGGUGGAUCUCAGUUUGUGUAGCACCAUUAUGUCUAUCUUUGGUGUGGUAUUUUCCAUUUAUCUGGUGCCUGUUCUAUUUAUUGUGUCUUAGUUUAUUCAUAGUGAUAGCAGUUUUUGCGUUAACGCUUUGGGGUCAUGUUGCGUUAUCUUCUCCGCACCAAACAUCGUUGUUUUUAUUAGAUAAAGUUGAAAAAGAUGUUCGACAGAUAGAGGAGACUUUGAAGGAAGAUCAAUCAAAUUGGCCUCACACAACUAAAAAGACCCAUUUACCUGUAAUAUUUGGGCGCACUGUUGACAGCCAGCUACAAUUAUUAAUAGACUAUGUUCUGAGAGACUUUGUGGCCCGUUGGCUCAAAGAGUUGUCCCAUAAGCCUGAACCAGUGAUUGAUAAGUUCAAGGAGCAUGUGUGGGGGGGUGUGCAGAACCUGUAUGAGAGACUGUUGCGAGUUGAUGCUGAAAAGUUACUGGCCAGUGACAUGGUCACUAAGAUAACACAACAUUUUGAAAGAAUAAGGAUUGCUAGGAGUUGUGCAAUAGAACUAAAUCAACCACCAGUGUUUGCUCUGGCUCCUCACUUGAUGUCCUAUGACACAGAGCUGCAUUACUUGAGACAGAUCAGUGAGCUCAUUAUCAUGUUCCUGAUGCCUCGGUGCUAUUCACUGGCUCCUGCAUCCCAUCUCAUGAGGGAAAUACUGGCAUGUAAAGUACUACAACCAGCAAUAGAUUUAGUGACAGAACCGGACUACAUAAAUCAAAAGAUUAUACAGUAUCUUGAGGCCCAAAAAGAAGUAGAUGCGAUGCACGUGAGAACGCACGAGUACGCCAAAACGUUCGAGGACUACAUACGCCUGAUCAACAGCUGUAAUAAUGUCGACACACUGAAACGGUUACGAUACGACAUAGUCACACAAAUAAUGCAAGCAACGACUCUACAGAAUGUAAAACGAGCUAAGGGCGUGGAUAUAGAAGUUAUAGAAAAGAGUGGUUCUCAAAAUGUUAGUAGACAACAAAUAGCUGAUGCUAAGAAACUGAAGCGGUAUAUCAAUCAGCUAACUAUUGCGAAGGCGGAGUGUGAAACGGCUUUAAGGAAACUUGGUUGGGAUGGAGCUUUUCCUACUGUAGAGUCUGACAGCAAGACAUUACCUCUACACAAAAUAAUGGAGAGUGUAACAGGCAGGCGGUAUCUAUCGAUGUUCCUAGAGACCAUGUGCUCUCAGGGUCUGGUCGGUUUCUGGAUGGCCGUCGAAGAGUUGAGGCACAGCCCUAGAAGUAGCUGGCACCAGCUCGGCGCCGAAAUAUUUUACACCUACAUUAGGUCGCCUAGCGCUGAGAUUAAAGUUGACAAGGAUACCAGAAAGAGAAUGGAAGCCUUCUUACUAGGAGAUAAAGGUCCAGAAGUGUUCUAUGAAGUCCAAGACACAGUUGUAGACACAAUACAGGAGAAGUACUAUCAUUCUUUCCUCCUAAGCGAUCAUUAUACCGCGUUGAUAGCAGAACUCGCUACCGAAGAAGCAAAUAAAGGGAAAGACAUAACAUCGGACAGAUCGCCAAUAGAAGACAGACAGUUGUCGAACGAAUCGGUAUCGUCAGCGGAGAGCGUGGCGGGCACUAUUCACCUCACUGAACAUUCCACGUACGCCAGGCGGAAACUAGACGAGCUGCAGGAACGACAUAAUAAUAAAAUACAAGCAUUAGCAGCUCUUCGCGCAUCACUGAAACCCGAAUCCCCUGCGCUAGCUAUGCUGGCAAAUGAAGUAGAGAAGUUAGCAGGCGAACAGAUGAGGUUGGAAGCUCAUCUAGCCAGGACUGACACCUGGGCUGAACAUCUUGGUCGGUGGCGGGCCUCUGUCCAUAGCGCUGAGAUUAUAGAUGAGUCCAAACCACCACAGUUCGUGAUAGUGGUGCAUAUGGCGGAACAAGAGUCCAUGACAGAUGAAGAGAGACCGGAACAAAUUACCACUGGAUGGGUACUGCUUAGGACUUUAAACGAAUUUCAGGAACUACAUCGAAAGUUACGGCCUAUGUGUGCGGAGUUGAAGAAUUUAGAACUACCAACGAAUUCGUUCAAGUUUCUAUUCGGAAAGAACGAUAGAAACUCCUUAGAGAAAGCUAAGAUUUUAAUACAGAAAUAUUUAGAAUUUGUUUUAGAAGACGAUAGACUAAACCAAAGCGAAGCUUUAUACACAUUCCUCAACCCGAGCUCUGAGUAUCUGAAGCAGGGUGACUUACCAAAGAAGAAUAAGUUCUCUUUUUCUACGUUGUUUAAGAGUACAAGCAGUGAAGCGACAAACAGGUCGUCGCAGGAGAAGGAGCAGUUCACACAUCUAUCUGCUGAUGAAGACGAGAUCUCGCUCUACUUGGACGGGAACGGAUCUGAUAACAAUAGCAAGAGUAUGACUAGUUCAUUGCGUGGUGCUGGCGCCAUAGCAGAGGAAAGAGAUAGUAUAGCGGAGCCGUUGUACGCGUUACUGAGCGAAGUGUUCGACAUGCGCGGCGUAUUCCGCUGGCUCAGGAAGACUCUCGUCACAUUCGUACAGAUCACAUACGGCAGGACUAUUAACAGGCAAAUCAAAGAGACAGUGACGUGGUUGUUCUCUGAACAAAUGCUGCACUACUACAUCAGUGUAGUUCUCAAGUCGUGGUGGCCGGGCGGCACCCUGUCCGAGAAUACUUCCAAUAGAAACUUCCAGGAUAAAGAGCACACGUGUACGCUGGCGCGGCAACAACUGACUGAGAGCGUGGUGGAGGCGCUGGCGUCGCUGGUGGGCGCGCAGGCCGCCGCGCGGGGCGCGCACAAACUGUACUACACGCUGCAGGACACCACGCACAACAAGCAACUGUUCUAUGAACUGUUCGAAUUGGUACUUCUAGAAGUAUUUCCAGAGCUCAAACGUUAUCAGUAACUCACUAGGUAAGGUAAGCCAUGACAAUAGAUAUAUCAAAAGUACGUAGUUGUAAUCUUACAGGGAUUAUAUCCGAACACUUGGAGGAAUAUUAUACAAAAAUAAAAGCACUCUUUGAGAGACAUUCCCUUAUGUUAAACAAGUUUACAAUGUUGAUACUUCAAAAUGACUGCACAUAUCUUCUUUAAUAAUGGAUAUCACCUUUUUUAAAAUCUCAACCCAGUUUUUAACAUUCAAAAUCUCAACCCAGUUAUUAACAUUCAUAUCCUCAACCCAGUUUUUUGAUCUGACGAGAGUGCUCUCUACAGCCUGCAUACUACAUGUUUUAUAUACGGUGGCCAGCAGGUGAACCUGCCCUUUUUUUCUCGAAUUUCUCUAGUAUAUCUUCAACUUUACUGUAUUGAGAUAAAGUCGAAAAUCCAAUGAAUAAUAUUGAAAGAUUGAAGUUGGUUGUUCUGCGGCCACUGUACUUAAAUUGUUUAAAAAUGAACACAGCCAAAAUUAAAAUGUUAUUCUAAAAAAAACUUUUGGAACGAUCUUACAAACGGAGCUCUCUUUCUACGUUUUGAUUUUUGUACACAUUUUAAUAAUUCGAUAUAAGGACGCAUGUCAUUAAGAGGUAGGACAAAUACGAGUUAAUGAUUAAGUUAAUUAGAUAGUAAAAAUGUAUUGAUCUCAGGAUUUAAGUUCGUAUACCUCGUUGCUCGUAAAGAUACAUAGCGUAAUAUAAUCUCGAAUUUAUUUUGUUUUAUUAUUUAAUAGACAAAAGGCCUCAUUUUCUUCCUAGCUUUGUCAUACGCUUAAAAUAAAUUAUUUUUUAUAUGCCUGAAAUGCAAUAUGAUUUAAACAUUUCAUCUUCAAAUUAGAUAGCUUAUUCCUAAUAUAUACAAGUUAAUAUUUUGUGAACGUUACUUUAUUUGUUAUAGUGUUGUGCCAAAGAAUGCACGGUUGUCGCAUUACUAUAAGUUCAUGUAUCGAACUAUAGGUAUCUACUAAAAUAAAUCUAUCGAUGUUCCAAAUCUGUAAUCGUUACGAAUAUGUACCUGAUAUCUGAUAGACGCUGAAACUCGAAUUCUGAUGAUAUUUAAAUAAAUAGAAAACAAAAAUUUCUGAAAAAUAAUUUUUAAUUCAUACCAACAAUUUACUUUCGUUUCUUUAAUUUCUCUUUACAUUCCAGAUAUUGUCAGUAAUUUCCUAUAAUUUUUCAAUUUCUAUAUUAUUUAUCUAAUAAGGUGCAGUCCUAAUGGGACUAUAAAAAGUAUUCACAUUGAGGUUAUUUGUAAUAGUAAUAACAUAAUUUUAAUGUAGUAAAACCAUACCUAUAUAGUUACUGCUAGGAAAUUCACCCAUCGAUGUGUGUCGAAUAAUAUUUAUUUUAGAUGUUAGAAGCUAACAAAGAUGUAGGUAUAUUUUUAAUAAUGUGUUGGUUAUUUCUGUCGAAUAUCCAAAUCGAUAAAAGAUUAUUUUUGUAUGCCUCCCACCACUACUAGUCCUAAUUUAUCAUUCCAUUUUCCUUGUACAAGUGACAUAAAUACUUAUUUAUUAUAGUAGAUACUAACUUCUGCUUGCGCGGAAUCCCGUAUUUUCCCGUUCUCUUAGGACUUUCGGGAAAUCCUAUGUCUGUCUCCUGAUUUUAAGCUACAUCCCCAUCAAUUUUCUUGAGUUACAAAUAGUGUAAACUGACACGACUUUCUUUUAUAUAUAUAUAAAUAGAUUAUACAGUUAAAGUCGACUUAUUGCUCGCUUUCUGAAAUGCAUUGCACCGAGCAUUUGUUAUGAACGCACCUUUUCUAACGUUUGUACGUUUUCUAAUGAUUUUCUUACUAAAAACUGUUGGAAAAAUAAUACACUUACUAUAAAUAUAGUUAACAUGAAUAAUAUAUUUUUUAAAUGUUAAAAUAUAACGCAAAUGUAGACUUUGCAUGUUUGAUUCUGACGUGGUGUCUAUUAAAAUUAUUUUCGAUAUGAUGUGUGAUCUAAGAUCACAUAGGAACUCUCCUUAGAUUAGCUUAAUAAAUUAUUGUGACCAUAAAAGUAUUCUAAUAUUAAGAUUAUAUAAAAGGACAGAAAUUAUAUUAUAUAGUUACUAAUUAUGAAUUUAUUGAUCACAGCAAGGAGUAGGUAUCAUUCAUUUGUAAAUAUAAUUUACGGAACAAAAUCGAAUAUGUUACCAAAUAUAUUUUUAAGGUGGACAAAUUGAGAGUUUGAAUAUAAUUAUUAAGGCGGUUACUCUUAAUUAGUCACGCUGUCUGCUGGAUUUAUUUGCAAUAAAUUAUGAUAUAUAAAAUUGUCAAUAGAAAAUGUACCUUAUGUGUAAGGUAUAAUGGGUGAAACUGUCUAUUUUUAAUACCUUUUUAUGGGAAGCUUUGUUUAUCUGAGGUCACAGUUUACGCCAUUGUAUCGCUAAUAAAGAGGUUUGCUAGCUUGUCACCUUUUGUGACUCACCCUUCCCAUUUUGUGACGUCAGAGAGACAGGUUUCAUUAUCUGUGAACACUAUUGUAUUGUCUAUAUCUAAUAUAUCUAUGUACUAAGUGUUAUCUUCAUGUUGUUGACUAAGUGUAACGACGAGUAUGUAUGUAAUUGUACGGUUCAUAUGAAAUAAACUAGUACAUGUAUUUUA